CAUGGUGCUCGGCGUGUGUAGAGCGUGUAGAGACUAGAGAAAGCACCGGUGGUUCACCAUGUCCGCUGGGAAGAAAUUUGUGCCGAUCUUCGAGCGAUUUCCUGCACAUUAUCGGCGAUUUCUCGAAGAUAUGAAGAGAAAGCCUGCCCCCGUCCACUACAAGCCUCCGGCGGAGAAAUUCGUCAAGAACCCCGUAACCCAAGAAAUUGUUCGGACUGAAGAAAGACCAAUUCAUGUGGUGUAUCCAAGAGAGUGCCAGGAAGGCAUCUGGGGUGGAGAAGGCAUCGUGCCUGGCUAUGCUCCCAACAGCGUAGGCUACUAUGUCAAGUACUUUACUCCACAACUGCGCCGGGUCAUUCUCUACAGCGAGAUCCUGGACAAGUACAUGCGUGUCACGGUCACCGAGAGGACACUGAUCCUCAUCAACGAACACUUCGGCUUCGACUUGUACAUCUUGAAGACGCCAGUACAAGACCUGCACUCCCAACUUGCACUUGAUCUGCGACGGAAAAUGUUGCUGGCUUUGGCAAGGAAAGACCUGUACCCUGACAAACCGGAGAAGCAGAAAGAAAUUCUGGAGAAGUACAAGGAGUUCAUUGUACCCGAGGAAGAAGCCGACUGGUUUGGCCUGACACUGUGGCAGGCCGAGAGGAAGCUCAUGGACUACGAGGACGCCCUCCCAAAGCAGAAGCCACUCAAGUACCAGUUCCUGAACGACUUCUUGGAGGAGCUGAAGUUGAAAGAAGAGGAGAAAAAACAGCAGGAGGCGACAGCUGAUCAGCAAGAAAGCUGGGUCUCGAAACUUAACCCAUUUAGGCGGUCACCGUCAUCGGGCACAAGCUCGCAGUCAUCGUCGUAAUUACUACGUUAGCUCAUUUAGUCAAACAAGAGUCAUAUAAUAAAGUAUUUUGUUGACA